UACUUUAUUGAUCGCCACACUGAUCUGGAGAGGCAGUUCAAUAUUAACGUAGAUGAUGGGAAGAUCACUUUGGCCAAACCGCUGGACCGAGAGACAGAUAUGUGGCACAACAUCACAGUAACAGCCACUGAAAUCAGUAAGUAACAUUUCCAAUAGAAAUUGUUGCACUGUUUGUGGUCUACUACAUAAUUAACUAAACGCAAUUUCCUUUUCAAAUCAAUCCAAUGAUGAAGGACGAGUGUAGACUCAGGGGGAAGACAGCUGCUUGUGAACAUUCAGAUCUGUUUACUAACACAGUUUGAACAACUUCAUUGCUGCCUCCAACAAAGGAGUGACUGGCCUUCAUAAUCCUCUAUAAAAUAGUCUCGCACUUGUAACCUAUCUCAUGUUAAUGGCCGUAGAGUGUGGUACAAAUAAUUAGUGUUUGAAUUCACAGGUGCGGAAAAUAUGUUAAACUGCAGAAUUUUGAUUGAAUUAAAUAGCUCAGUAGUCAAUUUGUGGAAGUGCAAGUACAUUAAGACAUAUCAAAUAAACAGUUGUAAAUACAAACACCAACGGUGUAUGCACCAAUGCCAGCUUCCAUUACAGAUACAGGAACAUCUGUGAUCCAGGAAACUGACUGACUAUACAACAUCUUCGAGGCAGAACUACAAACAACUCAAACCAUAUGUGAACCUUUAUUUGCAUACAGAUUGUUUCAGGGGGACUGUAUGUUGCUAUAAAACUUAAUGUACACCUUGAAGCUAUUGCAUGAGAAAUGUACAAUACUUGUAACUUUCUCUCCCUUUCUUAAUCAAAGGGAAACACUAAUUGUCACAACAAUAAAAAUACAUUUAAAAAAUGCUUUUUAUAUCAAAGCUAUGCUAUAGAGCAUACAUUCAUGGCAUGUUAUUGUAAAUGCAAUGUGUCUCUGUUGAUAUUCAUGUUAGCUUUGUCAUGUCGGGUGCUACACAUUUCACUGUGCCUUUCAUGGCCUCCCGAGUGGCGCAGUGGUCUAAGGCACUGCAUCGCAGUGCAAGCUGUGCUACUAGAGAUUCUGGUUCGAAUCCAGGCUCUGCUGUAGCCGGCCGCAACCGGGAGACCAAUGGGGCGGCGCACAAUUGGUCCAGGGUAGGGGAGGGAAUGGCAGGCAGGGAGGUAGCUCAGUUGAUAGAGCAUGGCGUUUGCAAUGCCAGGGUUGUGGGUUCGUUUCCCACUGGGGGCCAGUAUGAAAAUAAUAAUGUAUGCACAAACUGUAAGUCGCUCUGGAUAAGAGUGUCUGCUAAAUGACGUAAAUGUAAUGACUUUUGCUAAAGUGACUGUGACUCAAGACAGCAGCAUCACUGAACACACUUAAUAGAAAUUUACCAAAAUAAAUAUGUCUGUUUACUAUUCUUUGUGGAUUGGAGCCAAACAGGAAGAGGAAGAAUUGUGUUCCCAGUCCAAUUCCAUUGCCAUUUGCCACCCAAAGGGUGUACUGUUCUGCUGCUUGCACCAGUUGACAUCUGACUAAUCAGAUUGCAAUGCUUGCUGCGGUGGAGUGAAAGUCACUUCAACAGAGCACAAGGAAAAUGUGGACACUUCUCUUUUUCCCACUCUGUCCAUCUAUCACCUUCUAGCAAACUGUCUAUUUUAGUUUCUCUCUGUUUCCUACUCUUUCUCUCCUCUCUUAUGCUCACCUCUGGGUAUUUUGUCCUGAAGCAUUCUUAAGUGUAAAAUCCUCCACUUGCUGCAGUGUUAUGUGAGUGAGCUAAGGGGUGCUUAUAUCACAACCUUAUAUCACAACCAUAUAUCAAAACCAUUUUCAGUUUUUCUGUUUUCUAUGUGACAACAUGGAUCAUGUACAUCAUUGUUUUGAAUGUUAGCUAUCUGUAUGGUCUCAAAAACAUACAAACAGAGGAAAGGUGGUCAACAUCCAUUUGCUCUAUGGACCAAAUUAAUAGAUACAAGUUAGUGGUUGCAACACUUCUUAAAUACAAUUAUUUACCUCAAAAGGGACUGUCAAUUACGUGCGAUGAAUAAUCACAAUAAAAAUGGAAUCUAAUUAAAUUGCCCUUUAUUAUCUUUUUAGACUUCUGCUACCGUUGAUUCAUUAAUAUGAAUUUUUUAACCUUCAUGCAUAAAACAUGAGCGUGUUCAGGGGAUUUCAAAAGCACUUUGAAUGUGAUUUUUUUUCCUCACCAAUCCUGUUUUGCAUUCUUGAUAUCAGCUAAAACUCAGAUUGAUGUGGCUUCUCAUCUGUCUUUCUAUCAGACUAGGGAAUUAAAGAAAAUAACAGAAGAAAAAAAAAUCUGGGUCAUGGAAUUUACCUGGGAUUUAAUUUCCCGCUGUACAGUAUCCAAUGUUAUUGUAUUCAUUGUCUGUUUUUUGGUUUUGUUUAUCAGGAAACCACAGCCAGAUAUCACGGGCUAUCGUGGCCAUCCGAGUGCUGGACAUCAAUGACAACGCCCCAGAGUUUGCGACGGAAUACGAGGCUUUCCUCUGUGAAAAUGGCAAACCUGGCCAGGUAGGGGGCAUUCAUCAAGGCUGCCAUUGUCGUCUUCCCCUGUAUCUCCUCAGUAAUGAUCAGCCAUGGUGAAUUAUAGCCUAUUUAUUUCACUGGGAAAGUACAGAGGCAGGAGUGUGGCCUUUCUCUGAGACACUCCUCCCCUGACACAACACACAGAGACUGAGGGACAAUGAAAGCAGUCGGAAUUGAUCAGAGUGAAUCAUAAUUCAGAGUUGUCUUUCAUGUCCUCCUCCAGAUGACACAAUGGAUCUCUAGCCAAAAUUCUGGACAAAUGCUUUGCAUUUUCCUUCACAUCAAUCCUAUUCAUUCAGACGACUACAGUAAUAAAUAAAAAAAGACCAAUGACCAAGAUAGCUGAAUUCUCAUUUCUAAUCAGUCACAGACAUACAGCUUGAUAAGAACUAUGAUAGCAGAUAAAUAGAUGUACCCAGAAACCAAAAGUGUGCCAGAUGAGACAGCACCACAUUGAUAACAAUCUCAAAUUCCUGGAAUGAAUGGAGGAUAUUUUUCAUUUUCUCUGAGCCAAUGUCACGGUCAGGCUUUUUGUGAUGGCAAAAACAAAGUAAUGGAUGACCUAUCUCUCUAAUGGCAUUGGGCUCCUCUCUUUCUGUCUGUUUUUCCACAGGUGAUACAGACGGUCAGUGCUGUCGACAAGGAUGACCCAAUACAGGGACACUACUUUGAAUACCGCCUCAUCCCAGAGAUGUUAAACAAUCCUAAUUUCACCAUAAAAAACAAUGGAGGUAAGGACAGAACAUGAGAGAGAGAAUGACAAAACAUGUCUUCUAUCCUGCAACCUAUUAGUCCAAUCGAAUAUAUCAAAGUCAAAUAUAUUAUAAUAUAUUAGCAUAUUAACAUAUUAGUCAAAGAUUAAAUCUGGUUGGAUUACCGUACCCAGUAGUUAGCAGAUGCCUAAUAGCCUGGUCAUCAGCUACUCUUUACUCCCCAGUGCAUUUUAAAGGAAAGUAUAUUAGUUGAAUCCAAAUUGUCUGUCACGAUCGUUAUAAGAAGUGACGGACCAAGGCGCAGCGUGAUAAGCGUACAUUAUUUUAAUGAGUACACAUACGAACAAAACAAUAAACGGUACGUGAAGUCCUAGGGUUAACCACAAACCUUACGGAUCAAGAUCCCACAAUACAAAAGUGCCAACAGGCUGCCUAAGUAUGGUUCCCAAUCAGAGACAACGAGAAUCAGCUGCCUCUGAUUGGGAACCACCCUGGCCAACAUAGAAAUACAACGAUCUAGAACAGAAACCUUGAAAACUACAACAUAGAAACUAACACCCUGGCUCAACAUAAAAUAGUCCCCAGAGCCAGGGCGUGACAUUGUCUGCGGGUAGUCUUGCAGCUCAAUGUAGGGUGACUUUCUGAGAGCUGUUGCCGCAUGGCAGAUGGCACUACAUUUGUUUGCUAAAUACGGUGAUUGGUUUAGCUGGCUUUCUGGUCUCCUUUCUCCCCAUCCCCUGCUCUUUUCCAUUACUCUCACUGAAGAGCCCACUCUCAUCCUGAUGUUGUUGCGUAAUGUUUUCAAAGAGCUUGGGGCGAAGAAUCUUCAUCUGGUUCUGUCCGUCUGUUUUGAUGCGAAGCCUGCAGGCAAGAGGAACUGCUGUGUCUAGUUGUUAGUAAAAGGAAAAUAUAAAAUCUGGACAUUAAAUGGAAACCUGCCACCAUGGAAACAGGUGUAUUAAGAGAAAAAUCUGAUAAGUUGCUGAAUCUAGAGGAAUUUGUAAAGAAGAAACCACAGGCAACAUUGAAGCAAUAUUUUCACAUGUAGAUAUCAUUAAGAUAUUCAUUCAACUGCCCAGAGACUAAUACAAAUAUAACCUUAUCACUAACAGUAGAGACAGGUUUUUACAUUUUGAUGUUCACAUUUUCUCAGCAAAAAUUGGAUUGUGAUAAAUGUAAUACUGCUGUAUUGAUAGGAACUAGCAUUUUACCAGACAGUCUUAUCCAAAGCGACUUACAGUAGUGAGUGCAUACAUUUGUAUAUUUUUUGUACUGGUCUCCUGUGGGAAUCGAACCCACAACCCUGGCGUUGCAAGUGCCAUGCUCUACCAACAGAGACAGACACUGAUUGUACAAAACAUGACAUUGACUGACCAGGUGAAUCCAGGUGAAAGCUAUGGUCCCUUAUUGAUGUCACCUGUUAAAUCCACUUCAAUCAGUGUAGAUGAAGGGGAGGAGACAGGUUAAGAAGGAUUUAUUUUUUAAAGCCUUGAGACAAUUGAGACAUGGAUGGUGUAUGUGUGCCAUUCAGAGGGUGAAUGGGCAAGACAAAAGAUUGAAGUGCCUUUGAAAGGGGGGUAUGGUAGUAGGUACCAGGUGCACUGGUUUGAGUGUGUCAAGAACUGCUGCGCUGCUGGGUAUUUCAUGCUCAACAGUUUCCCAUGUGUACCAUGAAUGGCCCACCACCCAAAGGACAUCCAGCCAACUUGACACGACUGUGGGAAGCAUUGGAGUCAACAUGGGCCAGUAUCCCUGUGGAAGGUUUUUGACACCUUGUAGUCCAUACCCCGAGAAAUUGAGGCUGUUCUGAGGGAAAAAGGGGGUGCUCUUCAUGUUUUGUACACUCAGUGUAUACUGACGUACUGUAUACUGGAUUUUUUAAAUUUAUUUUUAUGAUGGAGACACUUUUGGGAUGAAGUUGCUACAAUGUGAUGGACAACAUGUUUCCUUUAGGCUUUAUUGCUAAUGUUUCACGUCUCUCUGCCACACAUGCUCAGAGAGAGGGUAGACAAUUGAACUGCCCUAAUGGAAAAAGCACAUUAUUUUCACAUGUGAACACGUGAAGUGUUCCAAAAACACGUUUUCAUGUGAUUACAUGUCAUCUCAUGUGAAGUUAAUGUGAUAACAUGUGACAACAUGUAAAGCAACAUGUGAUAACAUCAAACUACAAAUGUUGAAACGUGAUCACAUGUAAAAUGUGUUCCAAAAACACGUUUUCACAUUAUUUCAAAUGUGAAAUUUCAUGUGAAAUCAUGUGAUUUCCCACAUGUGAAAUCAUGUGGCUUUUCUGUAAGGGUGAGACUAUCAUAAACAUGUUUUCUGUUACACCAGCUUGAGUAGACUCUUACAGGAAUAAGAGUGUUUGACAAUAUGUGGGUGAGUGGAUAUGCUUAGCUGGAUAAUGAACACAGAGCUCACAGAAGUGUCAUCAAAGAGCCCCUGGCACCUCUCUGAGUUGCCUUGUACCAUCUUCUAAGUCAGUGUCGCACUCACGUCUCUUCAUUUCCCCAUCUUAGUAAGGGUAUGACAAAAUAGGGUUCAAUCUCUUACAGAGUUCUGCUAUUGGAAUAUGGUGAGGAGGAAGGUGACUGAAAGCAAUCAACAGAAUAUAAAUGUGAGACCACAAACCACUUGGCAGGGCAAUGCAACUGCUGUUUUUCUAGUGUCAUCACCUCACCCUCAUUUGGAAUUGCCCCCCCACAUUUUUUUUUAACUGGAUUGCAAAACAUUUUGGUUUGUCACUCUACAAAUAAACAUGCUCUUACUCAACAGAAGCUUGUUUGCUACAUGUUUUUUUUACAGCUACUUUCUCUCCCCACAGACAACUCCAUCAGUGUUUUAGCCAAGCAUGACACCUUCCGGCGCCAGAAACAGGAGAUGUAUUUCCUGCCCAUAAUUGUGACUGACAAUGGAAGUCCUCCAAUGAGCAGCACUAACACGUUGACCAUCCGGGUGUGCGGAUGCAGCAGGGAGGGAAUAGUCCAGUCAUGCAACGUGGAGGCCUACGUCCUACCCAUUGGCCUCAGCAUGGGAGCUUUGAUUGCCAUUCUGGCCUGCAUAAUACUACUUUUAGGUAAGAUAAUACUGAUAUUUAAUGCAAUUUGAUUACAUCGGAAAAAUACAGACAUGUAACAUUGGUAAACUUCUACAAACAUUGUCUUUGUGAGCACAUGACUUUGACAUGUCCUCUUGUUCGGCAGUUAUAGUGGUGCUGUUUGUGACGCUGAGAAGACACAAGAACAAGCCACUUAUCAUCAAAGAUGACGAAGAUGUGAGGGAGAACAUAAUCCGCUAUGACGAUGAGGGGGGUGGAGAAGAAGACACUGAGGCCUUCGACAUUGCCACACUGCAGAACCCUGAUGGUAUCAAUGGCUACCUGCCCCGCAAGGAUAUCAAGCCAGACCUGCAGUUCAUGCCAAGGCAGAGUGGUGGGCCUAACGGUGUGGACGUGGAUGAGUUCAUCAACGUCAGACUCCACGAGGCGGACAACGACCCCACAGCCCCUCCCUACGACUCCAUUCAGAUCUAUGGCUAUGAGGGCCGGGGCUCAAUUGCUGGGUCUCUGAGCUCCCUCGAGACUGCGUCCUCAGACUCAGACCAGAACUAUGACUACCUCAGAGAGUGGGGUCCGCGUUUCAGAAGACUUGGGGAGCUCUACUCAGUGGGUGAAAGUGAUAAGGAGACU